GCCUGGAGAACGGCGACGAGCGGGCUACCACAUUUACGGUGUCUCCCCGUGGGCCGUAGUUGCACACACAGACCAGGCCUCUAACCACUCCAUGGGAGCCUGCGUGCCAGCAGCCUGGAACCCAGAGCCGUUUCUGGAACCUGCACAAUCCAGAGUGAAGCCGAUGUGUUAUACAGAGACCGAAGUGCAAUCCACCCAGGACACAGCUGAAUUUUGAGAGGCCUGAGUGCCUCCGCGUCCACCAGGGGACCGCUGGGACUAAUUCUCUUGGCAAACUUGUGGCCUGCCAAAACUACCAUGCUUCACAUCCCCGUUAUCCUUGGUUACCGCCCAAGAUUGGCUUACAGAAGAGAUGAAAUGUGGUCUGAGGGACGACAUGACUAUGAAAGGCUUCCAAGAGAACGAGCACCUCCUCGAAAUCACCCCAGUGAUGGCUACCAUAGAGUAGUUAAUAUUGUGCCAAAGAAACCACCACUGCUAGACAGACCUGGUGAAGGAAGCUACAAUAGAUAUUACAGUCAUGUUGAUUACCGAGACUAUGACGAGGGCCGCAGUUUUUCUCAUGAUCGAAGAAGUGGUCCACCUCACAGAGGAGAUGACUCUGGCUAUAAGUGGACAAGAGAUGAUCAUUCUGGAAGUCGUCAGGCUGAAUACAGGGACAUGAGAGAUGGCUUUAGAAGAAAGAGUGGCUACACUUCCCAUUAUGCCAGAGACCGGUCUCCUCAUAAAAGAGAAACUCCUUUUUUCAGAGACUCAUCUGUAGGCAGAAAGGAUUCUCCACACAGCAGAUCUGGUUCCAGUGUCAGUAGUAGAAGCUACUCUCCAGAAAGAAGCAAAACUUACUCUUUCCAUCAACAUAGAAAAUCCGUGCGUGCUGAUGCCUCCUACAAACGGCAGAAUGAAGGAAAGCCAGAAAGAGGUAAAGAAAGACCUGUUCAGUCUUUGAAAACAUCAAGAGACACUUCACCCUCAAGUUCUUCAACAGUUCCUUCAUCAAAGGUAUUAGACAAAUCCAAGUUCCUAAAUGAAAAGGAACAUGCUGAAGCUGCAAGCAAGUGGGCUGCUGAAAAGCUAGAGAAGGCAGAUGAAAGUAACUUACCUGAAAUUUCUGAGUACGAGGCGGGAUCCACAGCACCAUUGUUUAUUGACCAGCCAGAAGAACCUGAGUCAAAUGCAACAGAUGGCAUAGAAUUAUUUGAAGACAGUCAACUAAACAGUCGCUCUAAAGCAAUAGCAUCAAAAACCAAAGAGAUUGAACAGGUUUACCGGCAAGACUGUGAAACAUUUGGGAUGGUUGUGAAAAUGCUGAUUGAAAAAGAUCCUUCAUUAGAGAAGUCCAUACAGUUUGCGCUGAGACAGAAUUUACAUGAAAUAGGUGAGCGGUGUGUUGAAGAGCUCAAGCAUUUCAUUGCAGAAUAUGACACCUCUAGUCAAGACUUCGGGGAGCCAUUUUAGAAAUUUACUUGCUCAGGCAAAAAAAUGUUUCUGGAUUUUUUUUCCUGGAUUGUGUAAAUCCUUAAUAUAUGGAUUUUUGUGAUGAAGUAUUUUAUGAUAGUUGACCACCUUUCCGAUAUUAAAUAAACAUCUAAAAGAA